GUAGUCCAUGAAUGUGAAGUGUCGGGCGUGCUAUUUUGUUAUUUCAUUAAAAUAAACGUAUGGAAAUUAAAAAAAAUUAACGUCGAGAAACGUUUGUUAUCAUAAGUGAUUUAUAUACAAUUCAUUUUGAAUGUUCGACUAAAAUAUCGCGGAGGAAUCGUCGCCAGCUUCAAUCCGGGCUAACUCUUCUACAAACCACAAACUAUAUCUGGACAGCGUUGCCACUACAGUAAUGGUGAAUGACAAAGAGGUGAAUGUGCGGACCAUUACGGUGGAGGACCGUACUGGGAAGGUGAAAGUCAGCCUGUGGCGCAACAUUGCAGCAGAGCCUGUGGUGUUGGGGGAUGUUGUUGCCAUCACCAAUAUUGUUGUCAACAGCAAGAGAUAUAACAAUGAGGAAUCCCUGUCGUCAACACAAUUUACAAAGAUAGAGGUUACUGACAUGCCAAACACCGAGAUGACGGCCACCAUUCUAGGACUUGACCUGGGUGAUGUGGAAUCCCAGUUACUCACAGAACAGGAUGGAAUCUUCAAUGUAUCAAACGAAGUGCUAGUUGCAGCCUUUCAGUGUCAGUUGGAAGACAUUACAGCCAAACUACCAAAAACACUGAAUUUCAUAGCCAAAGGACAGUCUGUGGUCACCUUUAAUGAGUGAAAAAUCAUGUUCAAAGUUUAUAGUUUAGAGAUGUUUACUUUUCAUACACUGGAGCAUGACAGUCUGUGGUCACCUUUAAUGAGUGAAAAAUCAUGUUCAUAGUUUAUAGUUUAGAGAUGUUUACUUUUCAUACACUGGAGCAUGACAGUCUGUGGUCACCUUUAAUGAGUGAAAAAUCAUGUUCAUAGUUUAUAGUUUAGAGAUGUUUACUUUUCAUACACUGGAGCAUUCAUAGUGUUGCCUGUUAUAUCAUUCCAUCACCAAGAAUUACCAAACUUGCUAGCUCUUGACCUGGGUGGUGUGGAAUCAAGCUUAGUCACAGAACAGGAUGGAAUCUUCACUAAAUCGAACGAGGAUCUAGUUAUCACCUAGGAUUACCAAACUUAGUGUGAGGAUGCAUAUAUUGAAUGCAGCGUUCCACUUUCAUCAGUUUCAUGUCCUUCUGACGUUGACCUUUACAUUUGAUCUUCAUUAUUUAGAGUAAUAUUCUUGAUGAAAAUUCACUUUAAAACACACAAAAAUCUAUCUUUGUCUGUUAGAGGACAUUACCUAUCUGUCAUUGAUGUGACAGAUUGAUGCAUUAUUUGAUGUGAAAGUGGCGUAUUUUACCUAUUAUAAAAGUCAUUUGAAUUCAAUUUGAGAAUUUUAUUUCUCAUAGUUCCUGCCCACAACUGUCAAUCAUUAUGUGAACCAC